AUGAAGAAGUUGUCUGAGUCCGAUCUGGUGACGGAAGAUGGCGGUGCCCAAUCCAAUCCAGAAGAAGUGGCUCCCUCGGACGAUGAAGAAAUCAACUUGCUGGACGUUGUGGCUGCCAGGAUUGAAGCUCACAGAACUGAGGAAGAGAUUUCGUCCUUGAUAGUGAAUAAUCAGAGGAAGUUGGCCACAUCCAAUCUGGUGUCGGAGGAAGGCAAUGCCCAAUCCAAUCCAGAAGAAGUGACUCCCUCGGACGAGACAGAAAUCAACUUGCUGGAUGUUGUGGCUGCGAGAAUUGAAGCUCACAGAACCGAGGAAGAGAUUUCAUCCUUCUUGAUGAAUAAUCAAAAGACCACAUCCAUUACGAAUGCUGACGACACGACAAACACGAUGACACAAGAUGGAAAAGACCAGCAGCAAAAGGAAAUGCAUUCUGCACAGCAAGGCUCUCAUGGAACUUGUAGUGACAUGCACGUGGCUGACAUGCUAAAGAUUGAUCAAACACUGCAACAAGGAUAUCAUGGAACUGAUAAUGACAUGCAACCAGAGUGCCAUGCCAAUCUUAACCCAAGCAGCCAAGCAUCACAAAGUGAGGCCAGAGAGAACAACCAAGGAGCCCCCCCUCAGCGAACCAUUCAAGAAACACAAGACCUUGCGGCACCAGGAGCCUACGCCGUUGCACCAACACAGUCUGACCACAAUGAUGCCGAGAUAAUUACGGAAGAAACCAGGCAGGACAUUGACCCACCGCCACCGGAGCAGGACAACUCAGGUUUGGCAGUUGCAAGAGAGGUGCAGGACGAUCCAGAAGAUCCAAGAAGCCUGUCACAAGCAGAAGAAUAUAAUGAGAAUAGAGAGUCACAGAAAAGGACCGCACAUACCAAAGAUUCAAAUAAGCGGAUUGCAUUGUUUCUUGGCUACGUCAUCUGUCUGGUUGUUCUCGUUGUGUUACUUGUGGUCCUGUUGGGGAAAACAGGUGAUGGAAAUGAAGAUUCCCUGUCCAUGGAACAUGUUCAACCAAACAAAGAAGAUGCCCCUAUGGACUCUAGCAUGGCCCCCAGUGCAUCUGCUGUCUUUGAACAGCUCCUGAGCUACUUCCCAAACUACACUAUCCAGGCAUUGGAGGUCCAAGAGUCUCCACAAUCCAAAGCAUUGGAUUGGCUGUUGGAUGAUCCAGAUUUAAUGGAGUAUGUUGAUCUGGAAUGGAGGGUGAAGCAGCGGUUUGCCCUGGUGGCACUGUUUCACUCUACUGAUGGCUUCAACUGGACAAACUCUGAUAACUGGCUGAGUUAUAGCCACCACGAGUGUUUCUGGUAUGCAAGUGGAUCCAUUCCCUUUCCGAUCCCUGGGUCAGGUGACAACUAUUUCAGAGGGGAGUAUCAGAAUCCAUGCCAUCUACAAAUCAUUGAUACAAGUGCAAAUGGCACUAUGGAUGCAAUGAACUCGAUGGAGGACCCAACUCAAGGUUCCUACAAACAGCUAUGGUUUCACAUGAACGGCUUGGCAGGCCAGCUGCCAGAAGAAAUCUACUGGCUGACAAAUUUGGAGACAAUGAGUCUCUUCUUCAAUGUGCUUGAUGGGCCCAUAUCAUCACAGAUUGGCCAGUUGCAGGAUUUGGAAGCAGCAAUCUUCAGCUUCACAGAUAUCUCGGGGACUCUCCGCACUGAGAUUGGGAUGUUGAGUGACACUCUUGCCUUCUUUCUCAGUGAGAAAACUCAGCUGUCUGGGACGCUCCCUACUGAGAUUGGCAUGCUUUCCAAAGUGAACACAUUGUUGUUGGAAGCAAAUGAUUUCUCAGGCACCAUUCCAAUAGAACUGUUCCAACUCACCAAUCUUCAGAUGAUUUACUUGGGUAGCAGCAGCCUGACUGGGACUUUGGCAUCCGACAUUGGCUUGCUUCGAGACCUUGACUGGGCUGUGUUUUGGCAUAGCCUCUUGGCAGGUAGAUUGCUUUUGGAUGGAUCACAAUCCUUUCUCUUGAACCAAUUCCAUGUUUUCCAACUCGCCAAACUUGUGCUCUUUCACAGGUACACUGCCGACCGAACUCGGUCUUCUCAAUUUGACCUCUGA